AAUCAACAAUACACAAUAUGAUGAUGUAUGCAAAGUAUAUUAAUUAUAUUUAAUCCGAACGUAUCCAUCGUGUUCCCGUGAUUAGUAUAUUAUACGCGUGUGCUCGUGCGCGUGUAAUUUAUUCGGAUGUUAAUAUAUUGCAGUACGCAGCAACUUACUGUAGUAACGCCUUGGCGUUCAACCCGCCGCAGGAGAGGGUUGUUUGAAAGUGGUGGCGUGUGUCGGUGAGUAACCGCUACCUAGGUAUACACAUUUCGUAUAUUGCAGUUUAUAUAGGGAAAACGAGAGACGGCGGCGACGGAGAGGAAGAGCUGCGCUGGUGCAUUACCUUGUAAGGUUUCGUUCUGUGUGGAUGGUUACCAAAAGGAAGUACCCAAGGAUUUCUACGGAUGACUGGCCGGCGUGCUGUCCGCCGUGUACGAGGAAGGCGAACGAAAAAACAGGGGUUUUCUAUAGAAAAUUAAAAUUCCACGAUGUUGAAGGACCACCGACCGCCACCAGUCCUCACAGCUGGCAGGAGGUGUCUCUUCCCGGCCGAUCGUCAACAAUCUGCAACCCUUGACGACAAUUUGCAAAUGGCGAUGGAAAUCGAACAGGAGCUGCUGGCACGAAAACGGGACCAAUGGAGUUUCGAUUUUGUCAACGGCACACCGGUAGAUGAAGAGCUUUCCAAUAAUAAUUGGCAAUGGGAAAUAAUCGUUGAAUAGGCGUCAAUAACGACGACGAAUGUCGGCCACAAGUUUGAUGAUAAAUUUACUAUUGUUAAAUAUUGUAAUUUACUAUGAUUAUAAAAUUCUACAUUAAAAUCUGUACUGUACAUACUUAGUCCUACUUUUACAUAGUACACGCGACGUAUAUUAUUAUUAUAAUUAUUGCGAUUGCA